AUGACUUUGGGCAGCAGCGGCGGCGGCGGCUGCGUGAUCAUGUCCGAGCGCUCUCCGGAGGAAGAGCCGCUAUCCGAGGUGGAGGACGCAGAUAUCGACGUGGUGGGCCCGACCCAGGAUGGGGGCAAGUACAGCGAGGACGAGGAGGAGGAGGAAGACGAAGAGGAGGAGGACGAAGAGGACGGCGGCGACCCGCUGGGGCUGGCCCUGCGGCGGAGCGGGGCCGCCAAAGCGCGCAUGGGGGGGUCCCCGGAGCGGCUCUCUCCCGCCGGCGGUUCGGAGCCGGCUUGCGCCCGCGGCGCCGCGCCCGGGGAGAAGGGGCCCGCGGGUGGCGGCAGCGGCGCGGGGGGGAAAAACCCGCUGGUGAAGCCGCCUUAUUCCUACAUCGCCCUCAUCACCAUGGCCAUCCUGCAGAGCCCCAAGAAGCGGCUGACGCUAAGCGAGAUCUGCGAGUUCAUCAGCGGGCGCUUCCCCUACUACCGGGAGAAGUUCCCCGCCUGGCAAAACAGCAUCCGCCACAACCUCUCCCUCAACGAUUGCUUCGUCAAGAUCCCCCGGGAGCCCGGCAACCCGGGCAAGGGUAACUACUGGACGCUGGACCCCGAGUCCGCCGACAUGUUCGACAACGGGAGCUUCCUGCGCCGGAGGAAGCGCUUCAAGAGGCAGCAGCAGCUGCACCCGCCGCACCCCGAGCUGUUGCUCCGGGCCGGGGCCGCCGACCCCGCCGCUUUCCUGCCCGGCUUCGCCUACGGACCCUACGGCUACAACUACGGCCUGCAGCUCCAGGUACCCCCACCACCACCACCAUCCCGCUGGAGGCGGCGGCGGCGCACGGGCGCCUUCCCCUUCCCGGCGCCGCACUGCCCGUUACCGACUCCGCCGCCUCCCGCCGCCGCCUCCGUCUUCUCAGCCGCCUCGGGGCUGCCCUCCUUCCUGGGCGGUGAGCUGAACUGCAGGAAGUCCUUCUACCACCCCCAGCUGAGCCCUACCGCCUUGCCCGCCGCCUUACUCCAGACCCUGAAGCCGGACCCCACGCCCGCCGGCGGCGGUGGCGGCGGCGGCAGCGGCGGCAGCACCAACCACCCCUCCCGGCCCUCUUUUUCCAUAGACAACAUCAUCGGGGGGGCCGUGCCCCCUCCGCCCAGCACCAACCCCAGCGCCGCGCCUGCCGCACCCUACCCCGCCGGUCAGGCGGGCCCCCCGGCGCAGGUCCUGGCAGUGUUGAGCCCCGCCUUGGCCCCGGCACAGCCCCAGGUCAGCCUGGCACACGAGCCGCUCCUGCAGCCGGCCCAGAACUUUUCCAGUAAAAUCACAUCCCUCAGCAGCUGUCAUUUUUAA